UGGAAUUGAUUCAACAUCAACUUUUUUUUUGUAGUACAACUAGGUCUUGCAUCUUUCUUGUUGAUUUUAUUUUUAGGUAUUCAGUGAUUUCUUUUGAAGUUGUAAAGGAAACUCACCAUAUUGUCAUUCUUUAAAUCUUGAGGUCUCUAGCCAGUCUACGUUCUUCUAUCCAGCUUUCAGAGUCCUUUUAUUGUUGUCUGUUGGACAAUUUAGUUGUAUUUAGAGGGGAGGACCAAGGAAUAGUGAGUCUACAACAUCUUGUUUCAAAACCAAACAUCACUGUAUACUUUUUACAGUGAAAAAUCUUCAAAUUGAAGAAUAUAAAUGAAAAAAUAUCACAGUAGAUUAGCUUUCAGCAUGGGCUGUCAUCAUAUGUAUUUUAUAGCAUGUUUAUUCGUUUCUAUAGGAAUUAUGUUGGAAUAUGAAAAAAAUGGAGAAUUGAAGACCAGAUCCAUAGACUUGCUUGAUCUCAGUCCUAGUACUGAUGUCAGGGCCUUAGUAGAUGAGAUCCAGAAAGCGGAACCUCUUAUCACCACUUCACGAACAGAACAAGUGAAACUUUUAAUACAGAGAUUACAGGAUAAACUUGGCCAGCACAAGGACCACAAAUUCUAUCUUUUUAAGGUCCUCAGAGCACACAUUCUACCACUGACCAAUGUUGCGCUCAACAAGUCGGGCUCAUGCUUUAUCACAGGAAGCUAUGACCGGACGUGCAAACUCUGGGACACCGCUUCAGGAGAGGAGCUCCACACCCUGGAGGGCCACAGGAAUGUGGUCUAUGCCAUAGCCUUCAACAAUCCCUAUGGUGACAAAAUUGCCACUGGUUCCUUCGAUAAGACAUGUAAACUAUGGAGUGUAGAGACAGGAAAAUGUUAUCAUACCUUUCGGGGCCAUACAGCAGAAAUAGUGUGUUUAUCAUUUAACCCCCAAAGCACAUUGGUGGCUACAGGAAGUAUGGACACAACUGCCAAACUGUGGGAUGUUCAGAAUGGAGAGGAGGUGUUCACCCUGACAGGACAUUCAGCUGAAAUCAUCUCCUUGUCAUUCAACACAGCUGGAAACAGAAUCAUCACGGGCUCUUUUGAUCACACAGUCUCCGUGUGGGACGCUGCGACGGGGAGGAAGGUGUAUACCUUAAUUGGUCAUUGUGCUGAGAUUAGCAGUGCAUUAUUCAACUGGGACUGCUCCCUAAUAUUAACUGGCUCGAUGGAUAAGACCUGCAUGCUAUGGGAUGCUACAAAUGGAAAAUGUGUGGCAACCCUAACAGGCCAUGAUGACGAAAUACUAGACAGCUGCUUUGAUUUCACUGGAAAGUUUAUUGCAACUGCUUCAGCUGAUGGAACAGCGCGAGUGUUCAGUGCAGCCACAAGAAAAUGCAUUACCAAAUUGGAAGGGCACGAAGGUGAAAUUUCAAAGAUUUCUUUCAACCCCCAAGGAAACCGUCUUUUAACUGGCAGCUCUGAUAGAACAGCUAGGCUCUGGGAUGCUCACACUGGCCAGUGCCUCCAGGUUCUGGAGGGGCACACAGAUGAGAUCUUCUCCUGUGCUUUCAACUAUAAGGGCGAUACCAUCAUCACAGGCAGCAAGGAUAACACCUGUAGGAUAUGGCGUUGACUGAAGGAAGCCUGUCGGGGAACAAACUUGCCAGUGAUGGUGAUAAAGAAUUUGAACUUCAGAGAUAGCAAGCAAGCUAUUUUGAUACUUUGUACACUUUAUUUAUUUUUUUAAGUUGGCUGUUUACACACUGUCUUCUUAGCUUCACACUCAUGACUAUUAAAACUGAUGUAGUUCUGUGGUUUCUUUUAUAUUAUUUGAUGGCCAGGAUAGGAAACAGCAUAAUGUUUGACAGACGUCACUGGUUAUGUCAAUUUUGUUUAAUUUUUUAAAGAUAUGAAUAGCAUCAUGAUACUGAUAAAUGAAACCAGAGUAAUUUAACAAUGUGUCUCCACAAUUUUACUUUAAAGGCUGUUAUUAUUAUAAUUUGUUACGUAAAGCUUUUUGGAAACAAUUCUUUGAAUUAUAUGUCUAUAUUCAUGAUGUAUGUUUUCAAGGGGAUGUGUGUUGGGAAUUUGAUUAGCAGCUUUGUUAUUUAUUUCCUUAUUUUGCAUUUUGGAGCUAAGAAUGAGGACCACAAGUUUGGAAUAGAAGCUUAACUUUUCCUUCCCUCAUCGUCAAGAAUGUAUCUCCCUCCUACCCACCCCCACCAAAAAAAACCCCAAAAGUUGUGUAUUUACACCAUAUUAAAAAAAAAUUUUAAAUCCAAUCAGGGAAGCUUAUAGCGAAAAUAAAAUAUACCCCAUUUGAUAGCACACAUAUUCUAGAUGGAUCAAGCUAUAAAAAGCAAACCAUUGCCACCAAGUUGGUUCAGAUUCAUGACCACCCCA